CAAUACCUUUCUCUCUCUCUCAUCCGGCGAGGAACAAAAAAAAUUCUCCAGUUCAUCUCCCUCCGUUUCUCCAUGGAUUCUCUGCUGGCGAACUACGCUUCUUCUGACGACGACGACGUCCAACCCCCGAAACCAAGACCCUCUCUCUUCUCCGCCCUCCCACCUCCCAAAACCCUAGCCUCGUCCUCACCGUCUCUCUUCUCUUCGCUGCCCCGCGGCGAAAAAGCAAACGUCUUCUCUCCCUUCCCCCGCCCAAAAUCCGAGCCCUCGAACCCCAGAAACCCUAAAAGGGUCGUCCAAUUCACCCUCCCUCUCAACCCCUCUCUCCUCAAACCCAACGACGACGACGACGACGACGACGAAGCAGGAGAGAGAAAGCCCAUCGAGGAUUCUUCGAGUUCAGCACCCUCGAAGGGGCUUUCUUCGAUGCUCCCUGCCCCAAAGCACUCCCUUUGCUUGGCCCCUAGUGCCGCCUCGAGGCGAUCCAUAUUCGAAACCGGCGUCUCCUCCUCGAACACGGAGAGCGUCGAAAAGAAACAAGAAAGCUCCAAUUUUGACGGCUACCGGGGCUCAAAAGAUGAAAGCUUUCGAAGCGAAGAGCACUAUGCGAGUUAUGAGGGAAAUUUGGCUGCAAACGAGUUUGGGGUUACGAGCUAUGAGACCAGUUAUGCGAGUGAAGGCGGAGAUUAUGGGGCUGGCUAUGCAAGUAAUUGGAGUGAUGGGAAUUCCACUGCAAUGGCAGCACCGAUGGCGGUCCCGGAGAUGGAGAGGUUUGCGGGGAAGAGAGGAAGGAAUGAGAUACCAACGGAGAUUGUGGAGGUGAACCAGGCUGAGUUGAUGAAGAAUAGGCCGAGGGCGGAUCAAGCUAAAGUGACCGGAAUAGCUUUUGGACCAGCUUAUCAGCCGGUUUCAACAAGCAAGGGAAAACCCUCGAAACUGCACAAGAGGAAGCAUCAGAUAGGAUCAUUGUACUUUGACAUGAAGCAGAAAGAGAUGGAACUUGCUGAGAGGCGCGCUAAGGGAUUCCUCACUAAGGCCGAGACCCAAGCCAAGUAUGGCUGGUGAUCUCAGAACCAAACAUGCAAAAGAUUAUUCCGCUCGAAAAGCAAAGUCUCGAGAGUCGAGACCUAAAACCAUAAGCAUGCAUGGUUGGUGAUUGCAAUGUUGAGCUAUAGCAUUUGGGCAAAUUACAGAACACUCCCAAGGUUUAUGGGAAUUGCAGAAAAUUCCCUGGGGUUUAAGCGUUCUAGUUUCCUGAUGGGUUUCAGUGAUUUUUUUGAGUGUAACUGUAAACAGGUACUACUGUCAACUUGCAAACUCGUGUAAAAUUACCGAAAUCAGUUGACGAGAGUUUGAUCUUUUUAAGUCAUGUAUUCAUACAUUUCUGAGGUAACUGCCAAAUAUUUAUUUC